AGCUGUGCUGUAGGAUUGGCUGCCUCAGCUGCUACUCACACACUGCAUUGCAUCAUCCGGAUUGACACGCUCUGCUCAUUGGUCCAACUGGUAGAGUUCCCCUAUGUUGAGAUUUCGCAAUACUUAGUGCUCCACUACCAAACAACAGAAACUGGCAUUUAAAGAAAAUACAAUUGUUUCAGCUUCGAUUUAAAUUGAAUUCCAUUGACUAAUUUAUCAGCAGGUAUAACACAAUAUCUAUAUGUUGAAAGGAAGCAUUGCCAAAAGGUUCUUGGAUUCAUCAACAAAUAUAUUCAGCAUCUUCAGUCCUUCCAAAAUAAAGUAAGAUAGAUAACAACUAGGUGGUGGAAGCAGACAUUUAGCCCAAAUGAGCAAGCCGUCACAGCAGAAAACUACUAAAGACCAAAACGGAGUGAGCGUCAUCCAGACCCAGGCUCAUACAAGUGGUUUGCAGCAAGUCCCCCAGCUGGUGCCAGUCAGUCCUGGUGGAGGUGGCAAAGCCAUGGCCCCCAGCAAGUCGAAAAAGUCUGCGGAUAAGGAAAGCGAUGAAUACCGCCAGCGUCGGGAGCGCAACAACCUUGCUGUGAAGAAGAGCCGCAUGAGAAGCAAGCAGAAAGCUCAGGAUACCCAAGCGAGGGUAAACGAACUGAAGGAAGAAAACGAGCGUUUGGAAUCUAAGAUUAAGCUCCUCAGCAAAGAGCUCAGUGUCCUGAAGGAUUUGUUUCUUGAGCAUGCUCACAACCUUGCAGAUAAUGUACAGCCGCAAAGCAACGAUGGCACCAAGACAGGGCAGAACAACAACAGCAACACUGGACAGUAGUCAACAAGAAAGUUCACGGUUCCCUGCGGGACGCUCUGCUCUUGGCUUCGGAGACCGCAGUCUCACCUCAUCCAAGGGCAGCACCACAUCGGUCAGGGAACCCCUUUUACUAUUACUUCCUUUCAGGUCUCCGCGAGACCUAUCCUCGCCCCGUAAGGCAGCUCUGCCACCACACGGAGCCUGAGUAAUCUGGUUUUAAGGUGUUUUGCUACAAUCAAAAUGCUUAAUUUUUAGUAUUUUAUUUUAAAUAACUACUGCUGUAUUUAACUCAGUCAUCACACAAUCAUUCAUCCCAGGAGUGCUGCAAUGCAAGCCUAGUAUGCUUCCCUAAUAUAUACAUAUUUCUUACAAAAACAAACCCAACACAAGUUCCUUGAAUGAAUAUCGUUAAUGUAAUUAGUUAUUACAAUACUAUAAAUGUGUGAAAAAUUAAGGCUACAUGUUCACAUAUUGAAAGCUGGAAUUAACUAGCCUUAGAUUUGGAGCUAUUGAUUUACCUUCAUUAGGGCAGCAGUGUGUAGUAGUGGUUAGGGCUCUGGACUCUUGACCGGAGGGUUGUGGGUUCAAUCCUAGGUGGGGGACACUGCUGCUGUACCCUUGAGCAAGGUACUUUACCUAGAGUGCUCCAGUAAAAACCCAACUGUAUAAAUGGGUAAUUGUAUGUAAAAAUAAUGGGAUAUCUUGUAACAAUUGUAAGUUGCCCUGGAAAAGGGCGUCUGCUGAAAAAUAAAUAAAUAAAAAUAAUGACAUCACUGGCAUAAGAAUCCAAUCACAUUCUAUUUUUAAAUCUACUAGCUGACAGUGCACUGUAAAUUAAUGUAGCAUAUUUAAACAUGUUGAGCAAACAGUACUUUAUGAAAAAGGUAAGGUAAUUUGUAAGUGGUAAAGGGCUUUAAAACCAGGCGACAGGAAAGUAAACAAGUGCCUCUUAACUAGUUGAUAAAGCCCUGCAACCUUAACAUAAUACAUUUUGCAGUUUAAACAUAAUGGGGGGCGGAUUAAAGUGAUAAGUGUGGUAUUAAAACUGUCAAAUACUUUAUACUGUGGUAUAAAAACACAUUCAUUCAAAUGUAAUUUGUUAGCUACAGUAAGGCAGGUUUAAAUAACAAACUUCAAGUAACAUGUUUAAAAACAGUAGCAAAACAUAGAAAUUAUAUAUAUAUAAUUGCCAUAUUAUAUAAUUAGCUAGAGCGCAAGAUACCAAACCCAACUACAUAAUGUACUGAAUAAUUAUAUAUAUACAGACGUGCUCAAAUUUGUUGGUACCCUUACAGCUCAUUGAAAUAAUGCUUCAUUCCUCCUGAAAAGUGAUGAAAUUAAAAGCUAUUUUAUCAUGUAUACUUGCAUGCCUUUGGUAUGUCAUAGAAUAAAGCAAAGAAGCUGUGAAAAGAUAUGAAUUAUUGCUUAUUCUACAAAGAUAUUCUAAAAUGGCCUGGACACAUUUGUUGGUACCCCUUAGAAAAGAUAAUAAAUAAUUGGAUUAUAGUGAUAUUUCAAACUAAUUAGUUUCUUUAAUUAGUAUCACACAUGUCUCCAAUCUUGUAAUCAGUCAUUCAGCCUAUUUAAAUGGAGAAAAGUAGUCACUGUGCUGUUUGGUAUCAUUGUGUGCACCACACUGAACAUGGACCAGAGAAAGCAAAGGAGAUCAGAAAGAAAAUAAUAGACAAGCAUGGUAAAGGUAAAGGCUACAGACCAUCUCCAAGCAGCUUGAUGUUCCUGUGACAACAGUUGCAAAUAUUAUUAAGAAGUUUAAGGUCCAUGGAACUGUAGCCAACCUCCCUGGGCGCGGCCGCAAGAGGAAAAUCGACCCCAGAGUGAACAGAAGGAUAGUGCGAAUGGUAGAAAAAGAACCAAGGAUAACUGCCAAAGAGAUACAAGCUGAACUCCAAGGUGAAGGUACGUCAGUUUCUGAUUGCGCCAUCCGUCGCUUUUUGAGCGAAAGUGGGCUCCAUGGAAGAAGACCCAGGAGGACUCCACUUUUGAAAGAAAAACAUAAAAAAGCCAGACUGGAAUUUGCUAAAAUGCAUAUUGAUAAGCCACAAUCCUUCUGGGAGAAUGUCCUUUGGACAGAUGAGUCAAAACUGGAGCUUUUUGGCAAGUCACAUCAGCUCUAUGUUCACGGACGAAAAAAUGAAGCUUUCAAAGAAAAGAACACCAUACCUACAGUGAAACAUGGAGGAGGCUCGGUUAUGUUUUGGGGCUGCUUUGCUGCGCCUGGCACAGGGUGCCUUGAAUCUGUGCAGGGCACAAUGAAAUCUCAAGACUAUCAAGGCAUUCUGGAGCGAAACAUACUGCCCAGUGUCAGAAAGCUCUGUCUCAGUCGCAGGUCAUGGGUCCUCCAACAGGAUAAUGACCCAAAACACACAGCUAAAAGCACCCAAGAAUGGAAAAGAACAAAACAUUGGACUAUUCUGAAGUGGCCUUCUAUGAGCCCUGAUCUGAAUCCUAUCGAACAUCUAUGGAAAGAGCUGAAACUUGCAGUCUGGAGAAGGCACCCAUCAAACCUGAGACAGCUGGAGCAGUUUGCUCAGGAAGAGUGGGCCAAACUACCUGUUAACAGGUGCAGAAGUCUCAUUGAGAGCUACAGAAAACGUUUGAUUGCAGUGAUUGCCUCUAAAGGUUGUGCAACAAAAUAUUAGGUUAGCGGUCCCAUCAUUUUUGUCCAUGCCAUUUUCAUUUGUUUUCUUAUUUACAAUAUUAUGUUGAAUAAAAAAUCAAAAGCAAAGUCUGAUUUCUAUUAAAUAUGGAAUAAACUAUGGUGGAUGCCAAUUACUUUUGUCAGUUUCAAGUCAUUUCAGAGAAAAUGGUGCAUUCUUCGUUUUUUGUGAAGGGGUACCAACAAAUUUGAGCACGUCUGUAUAUAUAUAUAUAUAUAUAUAUAUAUAUAUAUAUAUAAUUGUGAAUUUGAAUUAAUACAGGUGAAUAAUUGCCUUCUAUUGGGCCUUGUAACAGGGCGAGGUGCCCUGUACAUUGUCUUGUUUAUUUAUUUUUAGAUCGGGGUCUCCCCCUCCACCCCUGUGCAGAUUGUUUUGUGUUUGUUUAUUUUUAUGUCGGCGCCGUAUGUUUUGUUAUUGUUUUGUUUAAAUUACGGUGUAGCCGAUUGUUUAUUUUAUCUGUUUAGUAACGUGGAUGGGAAGCCCCAUCCACAUGGUAUUUAAAAAAAAACUUGUGCAGAAGGUGGCCAUCUCCCGAAUUAAUUAGGUGAUUUAAUUUGUUGCUAAUCGGGAGAUGGUCACCUGUUAUAAAAGCCUGCAGCUCUCGGCACUCGGGGUGGGUGUUUUAGGAGCGGAGAGAGCGAGAGUGGAGAGAACUGAGAGAGAGAAACUUAAAUAACAUAGGAACAGUGAAGGCAAUCUGCCCAGCCUGACCUGUGUUUUAUUUAUUUUGUGUUCGUGAUUUGUUUUAUUUACCCUUUUAGUUUGCUCUGUGAGCACAGUGUGUUUUUGUUGAAAUAUUUUAUUUAUUUUUGUUUUGCUUAAUAAAAACGACGGCACAGCCUUUA